AUGAGUGCCCCAUCGGCAGAAACUCUGCAUCCAGUACCUCUGUCUCCAUCAUUACGUGGGGAUUCUACCGCAUCAGAAUCUCUCGAAGUGUUGCAAGAUGACCAGGUUCACGAUGAAGAACUAAAGAUCAUACUGGGAACGCUUACUCGUAUGGGUGCUCAAAAUCAGAUGUGGAGCAACAAAUUUGUGGCGCUUAAUGUGAUUGUUUGUUAUGUCACUACAUACACGACUUACGCUCGAUUUUGUUACUUUUUGGAUCGUUUUGGCUUUAUGUUCAUUCCCGUAUUUCUCGUUUGCUUACUUUUUGUCGGGCUUCCGCUUGUUUACAUGGAAAUGGCUUUGGGUCAGUUCACAACAAUGAACGCGGUACUCGUCUUCAGAAGAAUGGCUCCAAUAGCCUCAGGUCUCGGAAUAUCAAUGCUCUUUCUUGGACUCUUGGUUACUGUAAUCGAUUUCACCUUAAUAUUCUCGUUGCUCAGUGUCGUAGGAAAUUCUAUACAAAUCAAUACUAACGAAAUGGCAUGGCAUCGAUGUACGAAUAAAGCCGAUGGUCAAUCGUGUGUAUCAACUUCUUUAAUGUCUUGUCCUAUACGAUACAAGGAAGACUUCAUGGAGGAUAAUAUAGAGGGAAAGUAUAUGGACGAAGCAUGGAGCAAGAGAUUUCUUGUGAUCGAUUUCGGAGGAGACUGUAUUCGAUAUGAACGUUAUCUGGCCUUCUUCUCUCAUUCAGCUUUUGAGUAUUUUCCGUCCAUAGUUAGUAUGGUUUCUAGCCCUGCACUAGAUUACUUGAAGAACCAAAUUGGCAUCGAUAGUGGAUCACCUCCAGCAUUUGGAUUUCCUUCUACGGACGAUAUGUUACUAUGGUUCUUAAGCUGGUUGCUUAUUCUCAUAUUAUCAAGGCAAGGAAGAAGAUUUUUCCUGAAGGCAUGUGUUAUGGCCACGGUGGUGUUCAUUUCAACGAUGAUUACUGUGCUAGGUGUGAUGUUAUUAAGAAAAGAAGAAGCGUAUAUGGGCAUGUACUUAGAUCUCCAAUUCCAUUUACAAGUAUGGGCUGCAGCUAUUCAGUUGACCUUGUAUACGCUACGUAUUGGGCAAGGAGGUCUAUUUUUUCUGGGUUCACAGAAUAGAUUCACAAACAGCCUUCUUGUUGAUGCAUUUGCUAUUGUCAUCUACGUCUUUGCGGCAAUAUCCCUAUUCUCCACUGUGCACAUUUUAUUCCGUGCCACAGGUGGUUUACACCUAUCUGGUGGAACCAGCUAUAACUACCUCAUAAACUGGCGACAAAAACACGAAAAUUCAUAUUCACAGUUUAUAUCAUACUGGAGUACUGCCGCAGAUAUUAGUGUUUAUGGGGCAUAUGAACCGUUUCUGCAGUUUGCAUUAUCCUGUGUCUACCUGAUGAUAUCACUGGUUAAUAUUCGUCUGGCACUGGAAGCAAUAGUUGCUAAUUGCAUCAACACACUGGAUGCCAUAUACGAUAACGUGUCGAACUGGUCGAUCAAAUAUGUCUCGACUAUGUUCCUUGCCCUCUUUUCGUUCACUCUAAACAGUAACGUAGGAUUCGAUACGAUUGUCACCAUCGAACACACCGUUAUACCGGUAGCUACAGCUUUCAUAGUAAUGCUGGAAUUGGUUGUCAUAGGAGUUUUCUACGGAUUCGAACGGUUAUGUGCAAAUGUUCUAAGUAUGAGCAAGAGAGAGGAUCGUUUUCAAGGGCGGAUUUGGAGCUUCUUCUGUCUAUAUCUGUGGAAAGUCUCGUUUCUCUUAAUACUGUUGUCAUUCCUUUUUUACUAUCCGGUUCCACCUGAUGGAAUGGAACAGGCUGCUUUACGCAUAAUUAGUUGUAUUUUAUUUCCAACGCCAGCGCUCGCUCUGAUAAAGAUUCUGCAGACAUUAAGCAAGAUGAGAAACAUAACUAUGCUGCUUACACCAGAGCAUGAGUUGUGGGGACCACGUAUGACAGAUGAUCGACGAAGGGCGCUGAAAAUUGAAAAGAAAGUAAGAUAA